AUCCAGCCUCUUCUAUGCUCAACAUUCAACAAAUAUUUAAAAAUCUUAUAAAACAGCUAAAAUUACAUUGUUUCUUAAGAGGGGCAGAACGUGAUAUACAUAGUGCAUUGAAGUGCUGCAUAUCACGAUGUAUUUAAAAUGUUGAAAGGUGUUUAGAAGAAUGACGUCAGAUGACGUCACUGGGAGAAGGCCUUACGUCAUAAUAAACAAUCUCACAUGUGUCGCUGAUCAGUGUCAAGAACUCAAACCCCCAGCCUUUGGUAACAUAGGGUGUGAUUGUAUUUCCUCGUCUUUUUAUGUUAAUGAAUUAACAAUGGCUGAUCUCGUCAAGAUGAGAGUGAGCGAUGUGUUGCAGUGUAGUAUACUCAACUGGUACGAAAAUUUCAAAGAAUCCACAAUACAGAGCUUGAUUCUCCCAUUACCACAAGAUGCAUUAGCCUAUCUCAAGGGAGAAAGGAACAGUUGUUCUUCCCCAAGGUUGUCACCCAGGGCAGCUCGGGAGUAGUAGUGUUGGUGAUGAUGAUGAUGAAGAAUGGGAUUCAUAUGAAAACCAGGAAGAGGAAGAGGUAUUUCUCAAAGGGAUGCUACACAAAGUUUUUCAUCAGUUGUCCAAGACAACCGUAAUAUCCGCAAUGACAUCAUCCAUUUUUGGAAUGAAAGGAUCAAGGAUAAGUUUUCCUUGGUAAAUUACACGUUUGAUGUUUAUCGACCAGCUAGAAGAAAAGUGAUCCUUAUAGAUUUCAAUCCUUUUGGUGUGACCACAGACAGUCUGUUGUUCCAGUGGCACGAGUUCAGAGUCACUGCAGUGUGUGAUGCUGAGGGAGAGCAUGGGGAUGAUGCAGAAUUGAGUGAAGAGCUUGAGAGAUUGGGACUUGAAACAGUGAGAAAUGGUGAUAAUAGAGAGCGUAGUCCAUCUCCACUAUCCAUGGAAGAUAAACCGGAAUUUCGGUAUAUUGGUGGAGCUACAGGAGUCCAGCCCCAUUCUUACUGGAACUACGGCCUUCCUUCAGAUGUACGUGAUCUAAGUUCUGGGGAAGAUGCUCAAAAGUUAGUGGAUUUACUUCAAAUGACACAGAGACAACAAGAAAGCGACUCCUCUGAAGAUGAAGGGUAUGGGCUGAACAGAUGAAAGCCACAAAUAUUUUUAAUUGCUAUAAAACCAUGGUAUGCAAACCAGACCCUCAUGUAGGUGUAUUCCUCAGUGCAGGCUGCAAUUGAUCAUUGAAAUUUAGUAAAAAGGUAGUUUACUGGUGGUAGUAGCGUGAGUCGGGAAACCCUCGUUCCCCAAGCACUCUUUCCUUUGGCAUCAUGGACAAGUUCUUUCAAACACAGUGGCUUAGAAUCUCAGCUGUCAGAUUGUCUGUUCUCUAAUAGCUCCUACAUUACUUUUGGGAAAGAGUGAGGAGGUGCCCCGAAAGGGACCAUUCAGAAGAAUAAGACUAUUCUUCCUUAAACCUUUUGCAAGAAGAGGUAUGAUAUCAUGUACUAUCUCUUUGGUGCCCUUCCUACCAAUACUAGUAACCUUCUUAACUCUGCCAUCUUUUUUCAGAUGAGAGACUGGUGACAAAGAAGUUAACAAACUUGUUCAACUACAGAUUGAACAAUGCUGCUGCCUAGAAAGGGGGAAAAAGGCUAAGCCCUCCCAAGGGAGUCAUUCUAAGAAGACUGACAAUUCCAUCUAAGAGUAAUCUGCAUUUAAAACUUACUUGGGUAUGCCAAUGGUAGGAGAUGGAAUGUAGUAUAUAAGCUUGGCUGUCAAGUAGAAAACUUCCAACCCAAGGAUCAGAUGUAGCACCAGCCUGAGAUCAUUGUCCUCACAAAUGAGCACAAUGAUCUCUUAGUAAAUUGAUGUUUCAUCUCUGCUCACUGGGGUUCUGGAAAAGUAGUCAUCCAGUCCCACCAGUUUUCCUUGUACAACGUGAAGCAAAAAACAAGGUCGUGCAACAUUGCACAGCUGCGAAUUCUCACUUCCUUGGAGAGUGUACCUCCAGUGUAGACAUCUGGAAGCUGUGGUGACAUAACUGAAAACUGCAACCAGGAACCAGUUCUUGAAGGGAAAUGCAGGGAAGAGAAGUCCUAGAAUGCUAGGAACUACUCUAGCACUGAAGAAAUGCUCACCGUGUCCCAAAGGACAAAGGAAGAAAGGGGAAAGACGAUGAUCUGGGCAGGAGCAAUUCUGACGACAGAUGCAUGGUGGGGGAGGUAUGUCUGGGGAAAGACACUGGUGUGGCCUGCGUUAAAGGAGGAGAAUGCUCGACUUCUGGAAAUCCAAUGCUGAAGGGGGGGUUAAGUAGCUCUUGAAGCUAUGACACACAGCAAU